AUGACGCCGCCCUUCGCUUUCUCCUCGAUCCCAACAAUCGACCUCUCCCUCGCCAACUCCCCCACGACAAAACCCGCCCUCCUCCAGAAACUCCACAAUGCCCUUGUCUCCGUCGGAUUUCUCUACGUAUCCAACCACGGCGUCCCAGAGAACGUCAUCGCAGACCUCGUCAACGUGAUCCCGCAGCUGUUCAGUUUGCCAGAGGCGGCUAAAGAUGAAAUUGCGCUGCGUAAUUCGCCCCACUUUUUGGGAUAUAGCGGUGUAGGCGCGGAGACGACGAGAGGGAUAGCUGAUAGACGGGAGCAGGUGGAGUUUGCGACGGAGUUGGAUGUGACUUACGAACCGGGGAAGCCGCUGUAUGAGAGGUUAAGGGGCCCGAAUCAGGUACAUACAUACAAUUUUGGACACUUACCCAUAUAUCCCAUGCUGCUGCAUACGGAUAUAAUAAAUUCUGAACAUACCAAUACUCACAUAAAACAAACAACAACGCAGUGGCCCUCCCACCUCCCAACUGUAAAACCAAUCGUCCAAUCGUAUAUCUCCCAUCUAACGUCACUAGGCGAGCGCUUCCUCCACCUCGUCGCUGAAGCCCUCUCCCUACCGCCCAAAACAUUCCUCCCUUUCCUCUCCGACCAGCACCGCCUAAAACUAGUCCGCUACCCGGGCACCACUACCCCCACCGCUGAUCCCGGCGAAACAACCAUCCAAGGCGUAGGUCCGCACAAGGACUCCUCAGGCUGGUGGACGUUUCUCCUCCAAGCCUCCCCACCCUCCGUGAAAGGGUUGCAGGCGUUGAAUAAAGCCGGCGAUUGGAUUGACGUACCCUGCGUGCCGGGCACGUUCGUGGUGAAUAUCGGGCAGGCGUUUGAGGUUGCUACGAAUGGGGUGUGCAAGGCCACCACGCACCGAGUCGUAAUGCAGCCGGGGUCGGCAGAGAGGUUUAGCGUGCCGUUUUUCCAGGGGGUGAGGAGGGAUUUGACGAAGGAUGAGGCGGUGGGGAGGUUGAGGGGCCAGUUUUUGGAGGUUGGUUUGUUGGGCGGUGGUGGUAGUGGUGAGGAGUCUGAGGAAGGGAGGGAGAUUGAUUCACCUUUUUUGAAGGGGAAGUAUGAUACGUGGGGUGAGUCGCAGUUGAGGACGAAGGUGAGGAGUCAUCGGGAGGUUGGGAGGAGGUUUUACGGGGAGGUUUUUGAGAUGUACGUUAAUGACGAUUGAGGGAGUUGGUGUAGAAACUGGAUACAAGUAUAUAAGUAUACAAAUUCCAUUAAUUUAUGUCAUAAUCCCUAAAUGUCUAAAUAUUA